AUGUAUGAAUCAGACUAUAUUAGCAAAACUUGUGAAUUCUUCAGAAAGAAUAAUAUAAAGGAAAUAGCAUAUGACCCUACUCCCAAAUUCCAUGAUAAAAUUAAAAAAGUACUUAAAAACUACAACUUCUUGUUGACACCAAUAGAAGCAAAGCACUGUAUAGUGAUGAACCCAUCAGCACCAAAACUGAGAUCACAGCCUAAGAUCCACAAACCAGAAUGUCCAAUACGUCCCAUUGUGAACUCUAUCAAUAGCCCAAGCUAUAAAAUCACCAACAAACUUAAUAAUAUUAUCCGCAAGGCAUAUGUAUUUGAAAAUAACUACUCCAUUAAAAACAGUUAUGAGCUCAUCAAUAGUAUAAAAGAUAUCCCCAUCCCAGUCAUAGCUAAAUUUGCAUCUCUUGACAUAGUAAACCCAUAUACAAACAUACCUGUGCUCCCUGCCGCCGUUGGAUAA